AGUGGCGACUGGGGACAGCAGUGAUGGAGAUUGAACGGCCACUGGCACAGCAGCAGCAGGUAUUGCCAGCAGCAACUUCCCUCUCACCUGCAGCUUCAGGGUAAAGAUUAGGAAAGCAUUUUGGAGUAAUUCGACCGGAGACAGUGGGGCAGAAAACACUUGGCAAAGAGAGACAAAGUAGUAAACUUUCAGACAGUUUAGUCCGAUCGCGUGAUACGAAAGGUCUUCAAUGUAGGCGAAAAUGUACAGGUUCUUAUAGUUAAGAACAUUGAUUUAAUUGACAUCCUGUGGAGGCAGGACAUAGACCUUGGUGUUGUCCGUGAAGAUUUUGAUUAUAACUACAGACAAAAGGAGUAUGAGCUAGAGAAGCAGAAGAAACUUGAGAAGGAAAAGCAGGAGCAGUUGCAGAAAGAACAAGAGAAAGCUCUACUGGCGCAGCUGCAGCUGGAUGAAGAGACAGGCGAAUUUGUUGCCAUUCGGCCGGCAAAGCACAGUGAACCUGAAAUCCCAGGAGGAAUUGCAGAACCUGUACAGACUGCAAAGACAACAGAGAGAGAUGAUGGAGCUUUGUCGUUUGAUGAAUGCAUGCAGCUUCUCGCAGAGUCAUUUCCAUUUGUAGAGGACAUAGAGUCUCGUACAGUCGCAUUUGAACCUCCAGCUCCAGCUCAGACCAGUCCACAACCAAUGUCUCCUGAUCAGACACAGCAAGGAACUACUUCGAUCCUUCCGUCCUCAGCAUCUGAAUCAAACUCUUUGGAGGACCUGGAGCAAACCUGGCAAGAGCUGCUCUCGAUCCCAGAACUUCAGUGUUUGUACAUGCAGAAUGAGAAUGUUACUAAUAUUGGAUCUACAGGAUAUACUUCCAAGAGUAGAACUUCUGAAGUGCAAAGUGACAGCUACAGCCUCAGUACAACUCUACCAGCUGACCAUAUGUCAGGCAGUAGCACCAGUUUUCUGUCUCUUUUUGAUGGUCCCUACGAAGAGGUAAUGCCACCUGAAAGCCACACACUCUUCCAGUCCAAAACAAAUGCCUCUGAUAGCAUGAACCUUUCAUUCAGUAAUAAUCAUUUCAGUGACCUGCUUUUCUCUACACCUCUGAAUACCCAGAGAAGUAGCAAUAUUUCCCAAGGUAACAAUAUGAAUGAAUCACUUACGAGCAUUCUAGAUGAUCCUCUUCUUGAACAAAUCAACAUCUCUCAGUUGGAGGUGAAUAAAGAUUUUGAUUGUAAACAGCCACAAAAUUUGCCUGAGAUUCUUGAUUCGGACUCUGGCUUGUCAAUGGGCUCAAGCCCUGGUGGAGCCUCUCCAGGUAAUUCAAUGCAAUCAUCCCUUUGUGGAGAUGCUUCUCAUGGUUACAGUGAUUCUGACAUGGAUGACAUGGAAAGCAGUUCUGGGAGUGUUCAGCAUGAAUUUACUGAGCUGUACCCAAUGCAGUUUCAAAAUGACAGUAACUAUCAGGCACCCUCUCUUCAUGAUCUUACACAGUCAAAUGAUAGCCUGAAUCUUUACAACAAAGGACCAAAGGAUGAUCUGCCCGUGGGUCCUGGUCACAAUAAAGCCCCAUUCACCAAAGACAAGUAUUCGAAACGAAUGGAAGCUCGGCUCACAAGGGAUGAGCAGCGGGCUAAAGCACUAAAUGUCCCUUUCUCUGUCAAAAAGAUUGUUAACCUUCCUGUUGAUGAUUUCAAUGAAAUGGUGUCCAAGUAUCAGCUUGGUGAGGCCCAGCUUGCUCUCAUCCGUGACAUCCGUCGCCGUGGCAAAAACAAAGUGGCAGCUCAGAAUUGCCGCAAACGCAAACUAGAAAACAUAGUGGGUCUCGAACAUGAUCUGGAUCAACUUAAAGAUGAGAAGGAGGAGCUUCUGCAAGAAAAGGGGGAGCAUGCAAAAAAUCUCCACCAGAUCAAACAGCAGCUGAACAAUCUGUAUCAUGAGGUUUUCAGUAUGCUACGAGAUGAAGAUGGAAAUUCGUAUUCUCCCAGUGAAUACUCACUGCAGCAGACCAGCGAUGGCAGUGUAUUCCUUGUUCCAAGGAGCAAGAAACUUGAAGUAAAGAGAGAGUGAAAUUCCAAAGGCUUUGUUUUAUUGGACCCUUUUUUAAAAAAACCCCGAAACUUGUGAAAUGCAAGUUUAAGACUUUCCUUUUUCAUAUGUUAUUGAGUCUCCUAUGCAAAAGAAAACUAACUAAAGCUAUUUUUAAUGGCUACUGGUGGCUUAGAGAUGAAACAGAAGUUAUGGCUGUAAAUUGACUCUAUAUGAUAUUCCUUUUCUCCAGUAUUGUUAUUUUGAUUAUUUCUCUACUGCUUAUCACAUCUUUUUUCUAUUAGUGUUCCUGUAUAGUUUUGUAAAUACUGCACAUUUUAUUUAUAUAUGCAGAUAUCUCAUUUGCUAUUAAAUUGAAGAUCUUUCAUAGAAUUAAAGAUUGUAUUUUAGUAAGCUAAUGUUUCUUCUGUUGCAAGCACAGUACUUGUUUUUUAACUUUAUUACAUUUCAAAGAUAAAAUGGAAGAAUUGAAAAUAUAUUAUGAUUUUGUUCAUUUCCUUUGCUUUAUAUAGAAAAAAAAUAAAAUGUAACUGCCUUUA